AUGCCUCGAGCAGAAGUCGGAACGCCAAAGUAUCUGGCCAACAAGAUGAAGGCCAAGGGUCUUCAGCGGCUGCGGUGGUACUGCCAAGUCUGCCAGAAGCAAUGCAGAGACGAGAAUGGAUUCAAAUGUCACGCACAAUCCGAGUCUCAUCUCCGACAGAUGCUCGUCGUCGGCGAGAACGCGGGACGGCAUAUCGCGGACUUCUCCUCGGAGUUCCAGCACGAUUUUGUCCAGCUGCUCUCUCGUCGGUUUGGCACGAAGCGUGUCAAAGCAAACACUGUCUAUCAAGAAUUUAUCCAAGACCGCAACCAUCUGCAUAUGAACGCCACGCGCUGGGUGACGCUGACGGAGUUCGUCAAGCAUCUCGGCCGGAGCGGUCUCGCUAGGGUUGAUGAGACAGAGAAGGGGUGGUUCCUUGCUUGGAUAGACAACAGCCCGAAGGCACUGGCAAAGCAGGAAGCAUCAAUGAAGAAAGAGCGGCUCACAAUGUCGGACGAACAGCGGGAGCGGUUGCUCAUUGCUGAACAGAUCGAGCGCGCCCAGGUCAUAGCGGGCCCCUCCGACUCUUCCCCACCCCCCGUUGAAGAAGGCCUCAAGCGGGACGAGAGUUCUGAGAAGGUCGUUCUAUCACUGGCCCCUAAAGCUGCGCCACCAUCUGCGGGUGGUUUGAAGCUUAACCCACUGAAGCCCAUCGCGAAUCCAUUGAAGCUUGGCGUGAACCCGCUCAAGCGCCCAAAUGUUUUCAAGCCGGCGGCGAGUACGUCGCCUGCAGAUGCAGAGAAGAGCAAUGGGAAUAAGAGAGAAGCACCUAUGACGGCGGCAGAAAGGCUUAUCUUUGAAGAACAACAGAGGAAGCGCAGGCGGAUGGAAAGGGAGACUAUGUCGUAA